AAGUUCCACAAAGUGGCAAACGCAGCCAAGUCGGGAAAGGAACCAAGUAAUGGAAAGAAGCCGACAAUCGUGCUUCUCCGAUCUUGUUUACUUUUCUUCCCUCGAAGAAAUGAAUUAAGAUAAUCGAUUAAUUCACUGAAUUUCGGAAAACGAUAGCACGACAUCAAGCCAUAAUGAUAUAUUCGCCAGUUUGUUAUAACAGUGGGGGCUUCUUCUGACCAACAUACACACCGUUUGGGAAGCCACCCAGAGGUCCAACAAGAUGUCUAACCAUAACAUCCACAAACGGGAGAGGAAAAGCAGUUUCUUCAAGUUGAUUGAAUCCUUUGCUUUGGAAAUCGGCACUUUGAAAAAGGAGAUGGGGAAAAAGCCAGAAACAAAGGAAGACCACGGCAUGGAUGCAAUACAAGGACUGGGUGAAGAAGUGGGGGGACUCUUUCUACAAGAAUCCCCUUGUGCUGACAUGGAGACUGGACUGGCUGGAGUGAGAGAUUCCGGCUAUGACUCUCUCCAUCGGCGACUCAGUGUUUUGGAUAGACUGAUCAAUACACAUCCGGUGUGGCUCCAACUUGACCUCGGUCAUCAGGAUGCUGUACACAUACUACAGAAGCAAGAAGCUGGAAUGUUUUUGGUGAGGAAGUCAUCAAGCCUUCAGAAAAAGGUCAUAUCUUUACGCAUGGACAAGAAUUUCCCUGUUCCCGUAAAAAAUUUUGUCGUCAAGGAGAGCCAGUACACCUUUUCUUUAGAAGGAUCUGGCCUGAGUUUUGCAGACCUGUUUCGUCUUAUAGCAUUCUGCUGCAUUAGCAGAGACGUGCUUCCGUUUACCUUGAAGCUGCCAGAGACCAUUGCUUCAGCCAAAACACCUGCUGAGCUCGCGGAGGUCGCUAAACUUGGAGCAGGUUUCUGGGACACUGAACUGUGCCGGAAGAAGGGUACUAUUUGUUUAUCGGGAUCCACAACUCCUGACAAACUGCCUCCACCUGGCCAGCGACCACUCUCAGUUGCCACCACAAGCCGCUCUCGGCUUCGGACUCGCAGCCCAUCAGAGCUCGAGUGUAUCCAGUCGAAUGGUGCCCUCUGCUUCAUAAAUCCUCUUUUCAUUAAAGUUCAUCAACAAGACAGCAACGACAGCCCGGAAUCAAAUUCUUCUGGUCUGAAUAACAAACUUCUAAAUCAGAACCCAGAAACAGAAACACUGCAAGUCACUGGUGACAGGCCUGCUGAUAUCAUUGACAGCCCACUGUCAAAUGAAGUAAAAUCUCAUAGCCUCGGUAGCAACACAGAACAGCGGGCUGAAACGAAGCAAAGUCCUGUAGACACUUCUUCAAGGUCUGUACCUACCCGUCCGCCACCGCCCCGCUUUGGAGCGCAGCAAUCGCCUCGGCAACACAGUAUGCCAGAAAAAAUUCCAUGGCUCAACGUACCCAAGGAGAAGACGGAAGAAAAGGAGCGUAGCAAUAGUCUCCUAUCACGUCUUGGUUCUUCAUUAAGUACCAGCCCCUCAUCAUCCCCUCCUAAGAGACUCAGCAUUAGCAGCCCCAUUUCCAUUCCCAGACCCUCUCUGCCCAUUUCUUGGUCGUCUCUAUCCUCCUCACCUCGGAGGGGCAAACCCUCACCAUCUUGUUCCCUGGAGGAUGCCCAGUGUCACUUGGCACUAGAAGACCAAACUAUCGAAAAGGCCCUUCUAAAGGCUAAACUAUCUCAGCAGAAUGGCAGCAAGGCUUGCACCCAGCCCAGCAGCAGUCUUCCAGAGUCCUCCAGUAAAGAAGGAGCAGAGCGAGGAGAGAGUGGUGGAGAAGCAGCAGAUGAAUGCAAGGGGCUUAGCCAGCGUCUGAGUGACAUGAGCUUUUCCACGGAUUCUUCAGACUCCCUCGAUCUCUCUAUGUCCUCCGCUUUCUUCCUUCCUCCUCUACAUGACCCAAGUCCACCUACAGUGGCUGAUUUUAACACCCACCUCCCCCUUUCAUUACCCUCGUCCCAUCUACUUUAUUCCAGCAUGGAGGAAGACGAUGACGAGGAGGAUGAUGACGAUGAAGAGGAUCCUGACUAUGGGGUUGUCCUAGAGAGUGACCAGGAGCAAGACCAAGACCUGACUAUGAUACCGCCCGGGCACAGGUUAAGACGCCGGCCAAGCGCCAGCGCUUUGGUCCUACAGAAAGCACUGCGAGGCCAUCUACGGAAGAUGAGCGGUGUUUUUAACUCACUAUUGACACCUGAAAAGAGAGCCAUUCGACGAGUGAUGGAUUUGUCCAGGGAUAAAAGUUCGUACUUCGGAUCACUGGUGCAGGAUUUCCUGAGCUACAUGGGCGACGGGGCGGGCACCCCGACUUGGCAGAGCUUUGCUUCUGGCCUGGAGCUACUUCAGACUCUUCGUCAGUUUAUCACUCAGAUGAAGAGUUAUCUGCGACAAAGCUCAGAGCUGGGUUUGCCCAUUGAGAGCCUCAUACCUGAAGACCAAAUAGAUCACGUCUUAGAAAAGGCCAUGCACAAGUGCGUACUGAAGCCUCUUAAACCGAUGGUUAGCGCCGCACUGCGGGAGUUCCAGGUGCGCAGCGGGGAAUGGGAGGAAUUGAAGGAGAACAUCUCUUUGGCGAAAGCUCGGCAGCCGCAGGAAAUGGGUGUAGAAGACAUGGUGCCACCAGAUUCAAUAGCUAUCGAGAAGAUCAAAUGCAAGUUCCACACCAUGUGCAAGCUGUACUCUCCGGAAAAGAAAGUCACAAUGCUGCUAAGGGUUUGCAAACUCAUCUAUACCAUCAUGGAGGACAAUUCAGGGCGCAUGUACGGUGCGGAUGACUUCCUACCGAUGUUUACCUAUGUGCUUGCCCAGUGUGACAUGCCAGAACUGAACAAUGAGAUACUUUACAUGAUGGAGCUUCUGGACCCCUCGCUGCUUCAUGGAGAAGGUGGCUAUUAUCUAACCAGUGCAUACGGAGCCAUGUCGCUGAUCCAAAACUUCCAGGAGGAGCAGGCGGCCAGGGUGCUGAGCUCCGAGACUAAAAACACGCUCCACCAGUGGCACCGGCGACGCAUGACUUUGCACGCCGAGCCGUCCUUUGAUGAUUUCCAAAAUUACCUGAGGGUUGCACUGAAGGAACCGGACAGCGGUUGCACCGCUAAGAUCCUCCCUGUGCGCCCCUACGCUACCGCAGAGGAGGUGUGUCAGCUGUGCGCGCUGAAGUUCAAGAUAUCGGACCCCGACAACUACGGUUUGUUCUUGCUGACGGACGGUAACACCCAACAGCUCGCUCCCGACACCCAUCCUCAAAAGAUAAAGGCAGAGCUCCACAGCCGCCCGCAAGCGCCAACCUUCCAUUUUGUUUACCGACGCCUGCCCAAUUGCGGCAGCUCGCCGUCGACUUCCCUGGAUCCCGAUAACCACACUGUGACGUCUGAAUAUCAGGACAACCUAAACAACCUCGGUGCGGAGUCACCCGACCCUUCCCCUGGUUCGGACCUCAGACUGUCACGUUAAAGGUUACUCUUCACCAACUCAACAGCCUUGGAGUCCGUCUCGCAUUACACUGUGCUGCAUGUAUCGGUCUCCACUUCCCCUUUUAGAUGCCACGCUUAACAUCCUCUGGAGAAAUUGUCAGGCAGACAAGACAGAGGAAAAGAGCAGUGACAGAAGUGAAAGUUUAUUCUUUGCUUCUUCAAUAUUGAUUCUUGUGUAAACCAACCAUAGCAGACAACACUUUUGUUUGUGCUAAUGGAGCGUAAUGAAGUAGUGUUUUGUGAUUUAAUUCUACUCUUUAAUUUAAAACGAGAUCACAAUAUAUGUGUUAGCAUUGAGAUCGAUCUAACCCGCAGUGCUGGUGUGAGGGCCAACUGUAGUAGUGGCUGAUUUUAUUGUACAUAGAGAGGAACAGGAUUUGUGUCUAUGUAAUGAUAUCACUUGCUGUCAAUAUACAGCACCUUAUCAGUCAGAUUAGUCUGAUUUAUAUGCCUUAUACAGUUGCUGGUUAACUGUUUGACUCCUGUCUGAUUUCUUUGAUUUAGAGACAUCUAGUGGUUGCUUGAGUGCACUACAAGUCCAUAAUACAGUGGUACCUCUACAUACGAAUUUAAUUCGUUCCAGGACCUUGUUUGUAAGUCGAAAUGAUCGUAUGUCGAGCAGGAUUUUCCCAUAGGAAUACAUUAUAAUUCCAUUAAUUCGUUCCAAAGCCUAAAAACAUACACUAAAUUCUUAAUAAAUACUGCUGGCACUGUUACAAAUGGCAAUUAAACAUAGAAAAACAAAUAAGUUAUAAAUAAAUAAUUCAGAAUAAUAUAAUAAUAAGAAGAAUAAUUAAUAAUUAUUCCUGUAAAUAAUGUAACGAAUCGGAUUCUAAUAUGGCGGACACUUUUUACUGUCCCUGAACGCACCGCGAAGGUGACGUCUCAGUGAGAUAGGUCGGUGCGGUAGAGAUAAUACUUUCGUUUUCUUGAGAGCGGUCAACUGCUUAAGACAAUGGGCGUUUUGUGUUGGAUAAGUUCUUAAAUAAAUGAUAAAAACGUGACGAAGCUGGCGAUUUCCUUGGCAAUGUUACCACAAUAAUAAUUGUCACCUUAACUUAGAAAUAGUGGCGAACGGUGGUCGGAAGAGGACCAUGGAGCUGUAUUGUUGAGCCAGUUCAGGGACGCGCACCCCAAGCUCAUAUUUUUCUAUAACUUGCAUCUUCAUUUCAAAGGUAAGCAUCACUUUUUUCCUUGUUUCUCCAACUGUAUCAACUUUUUUUGAAAACUGUGUUGAUUUCUCACACAAGAAAAUCCACCGUGCGUUCGUUUGCAGUGCUGUCAUGUCGUCGUAUUUCGAGCAACUCGUCGGAUGUAGAAACAAAUGGCGGCUCAAAUUUUACGUCGGAUGUCGAAAAGAUCGUGUGUCGAAGUGAUCGUAUGUAGAGGUACCACUGUAUUUGCAUAGCUAAGUAUUGGAAUAAUACAAACUUGACAUCUUCUUCCUCAUUACUAGAAACAUGGUGAUUAACAAUUUAUAGGGCAAGUAACUAUAUUUGAUAAUUAACAAAACAACAACUUAAUCCCAUAAAGACCUGGCGUCCACAUAAAUAUAGGCCACAAUAUUGACAUUUGGUGUACAUCAUCAUCGUAUUUUCUUAUAGACCCUACCCACCGACGUCACAAAAUCACGUGCUCGCUGUAUGGUUCCGCCCCCUUGUCCGUCAUUUUGUGUCUGUAUUAUCAAUGGUCUCAAUUGAUCGAGCAAUUUAUAAUGCAUUUCAUGGAAGACCCGGUGCUUUCGGAUGCCGUAAACUCACUUGAUGCGUUGCAUAAAAGGCGUUAUGUGGAAAAGCUUCAGUUUAUCCAUUCGCCAGAUCCAUAUUUGAUGCCUAAAUCGAUGUUUUUCGACCCGCUGUCUCCGCCGUAUUUGCCUGACAUCUGCUAGCUACCCUGAUAUGUACAACUAUCUUGUCCACACAAAAUCAGCCUAUUCUUUUGUUUGAAAAACUUUAAGAGCUUGGAGGCUUAUAAAUACUUCGUUGCUGGUUGGGUGAAACAGGUCCUCGUCCACGAAAAUUCGGCAGGACUCUAUCUUGUGCUUGGAAAGGUGAGUUACGAAAUUUUCAAUUCAAAAUCUUUUGUUCUUGCUAACAUCCACUGUCAAGUCUAAUGUAUUUCAUGUCGUUUGUCAAUGGAGUUAGGGCUUUUAAUGUUUAUAUGGUUUAGCGAUAGCGUGUAUGUUGUCGGCGAUUAGCCUAGCAAUGAUCUUAAUUGUGGUUGUCAGCCCAAAACCCUCUAAAUAUAUAUUAAAUGCAUCUUACCAGAUAUAAAAUGACUACUACAUAAUCUGUGGUAAUCGUUUGGAGCCCAGUUUUCUCGUCGAAUUGCAGCAGCCCAUCUCGCUCUCUUCUCUCCGGGUCUCUCGGAAUCCGGUAGAACUUCAAGUCUCUCCGUCUUCUCCGUCUAUCUUCUCUGUUAUUGCAACCGACCGCCACACACCACACACGCCUUCACCAUUUUGAUUAUUAAUGUUAACGAGCAGAAAAACACGUCGUAAAUAGGAGGAAUGUACGUAGCCGUAACAGGUAAACAUGAUGUGUUGACGGACAAUUGGGCGGCACCAGUCAGGAGGAAGGAGUUGUGACGUCACGUGGGUAGGGUCUAUACAGUGGUCCCUCGCUACUUUGCGCCCUCAGUCUAUCGCGUUUUUUUUUUACCCAAUUAAAAAUGAAUAAAUACAGAUGAACUGUCCAGAUACAAUCAUGUAGUCUUACUCUCCCUCCUGCUGCUUUUCUUGGGGGCCGUUUACAUGGUGACUCUCCGAGAAUACGAAACAUUUAAAAUUUGCAUUUAUAUGGGCCUAUCUCCAUUCGAACAAUGUCGCAAUUCCGCAUGAAAACGAUGUAGUAUUCAUGCCAAGCUCUAGGGGGCAGUGCAGAUUUACAAGGCGAUAGCGAAUGAUGCACUCAGAGGCGUCGCAUCCCAUUAGGCAAACCAGGCAAUUGCCUAAGGCCCCCUAGCCAGCAGGGGCCCCCAGAGGGCCAACAGAUUUAGCUUCACUGCACUAUCGCAGCGACAAGUGUUUCAAUACCGUGGACUCAUUUGGCAGAUAAACUAACGAUUCUGUUAUCAAUCCCAAUCAGCACUAACCAUGUCACGUAGAUUAUACAAGUUUAAGAAAGUCCAAUCAGCCAUUAAUACCACAUGAUUGUUUAAAGAGUGACUCACCAAGUACUCUCUGGAAAGUCCUUGCCGAGUUGUUUCACGUUGAUUUUCACAGGCCACCUCAUUAUUCAUGUGACUAAAAGAAAUGGUGAUUUUUCCCAAAAAGUCUAUUAAUGGGUCUAUCGUAUUCCUCGUUGAAUACUCUAUAAGAAAAAUGACAUAUAUGCAUCUAAAAUAAUCCUAAACGAUUUUAUAAGCAAUUUUAAUACUCCUUUUAGCAAGAUUCCUUGGGUAUGCGUACGUUCCCAUAGCAACCAGUCCUGUUAUUGCGUUGCGUAUUCUGGGAGCGAGAAUAGGCGUACGAUGCGCAGAGGACGGCCACCUGUUAAAAUGUGUACAUCCAUGAACGAAUCUAAGUACCUCCAUAUGAGUCAGUGUAAAGUUGCUUAGUUUUUGCCACUUUUAUGGCCAAGUUGACCGCACGAGCACGCAGCGCACUCGCACCCCCCCACCUUUGUGUCCCUUAUACUGCGCGAGUAUGUAUGUGUUUCCCGUUACUCAGAGGGGCCCCAUAUUGCUUGUUGCCUGGGGCCCCCGGGGACCCUUGCUACGCCUCUGGAUGCACUUUGACCCCAUCAAGCUCCUCAACACGGAAAAAAUAUGCCCGCCCACUCGAAGCAAUGGCAUUUUUCUUUUGUUCAAAAAGGCACAAAAAUGGAAACAUUUAACAUAUUUGAUUUAAAAAUAUUAUUAAAAUAGUAAAUUAAAGCCAACAUUCCGCCAUAUUUGCUGUUUUUAAUGUUUAGUAGCACCGCUGCGCACGCCCAAUGCAACGUGUAGAAGUGCUGACGUUAUCGGCGCGUUUUCGCGCCGCGGAAGCCUUUGAUUUGCAUUUAGAGCAAGCCCCCCUCAACCCCCGUAAUCGAAUUCUUCUACUUUGGAGGCAGGAUUCAGACUUUUUCCUCUUCGCCGACACCAUAUGCAUGCGAGGCCAUUCCGCUACUCAGUCAUUGCGUCUUUGUGUCGCAGAGUCGCCAUGUAAACUGGUCUGGAAGUGCACUAGAGUUGCUUAUGAAAGUUAACGAUGAUUGACAGGCGUUAAAGUUUGAUGAUGCCAACUUUGCUUGGAAGCCGAAACCUCAGCGCACCGCAUGUGUCAAUCAUCGUUUAACUUGUUAAACAGUUGCUCUGGCAACUCUGUGUGUAAGUGAGAGGAUGGAGCGGACUUGAGUGGACUCACUCAAUGAAGCAUUUAAUAAAGACAAGCAUUUUUUUUCUUGUUUAAAAAUAUUUCGGUGGGACAAAAACAUGUUUAAAACAUAUAAUUAUUACAUUUGAAGUGCUUAAAAACCAUUUAUUAAAAUAUAUGUACACAUAUAAACUUUUUAAACUUUUUUUAAAGUAUACUUUGGGGGAAAAAAAGUGAAAAAACAUGUCUUAUAUGUUGUAUCUCUUUUCAAUGCUAAAUCUGAAUAAAUACCUUGUUGGCCCAAUAUAAGACGGUGUUUUUUGCAUUGAAAUAAGACUGAAAAAGAGCGGGUUGUCUUAUAUUCGCGGUUCACGACGCUAGACGGCACCAGAUAUCAUUGAAGCGAUAUUCUAUCAUGACAGAUCUCAGCUACUCUCCGUCUUAUAUUCGCGGUUCACGACGCUAGACGGCACCAGAUAUCAUUGAAGCGAUAUUCUAUCAUGACAGAUCUCAGCUACUCUCCCCAUUCACGACGCUAAAUGGCGCCAGAUAUCAUUGAAGCGAUGUUCAGUCAUGACAGAUCUCAGCUACUCUCAAGUAAGUUUAACCAGUUUGCAUUGUAGAUUUGUUUCAAGACUACAGUUACAGUUAUACUUCACUGUGAUGGUCAAUGCAAUUAUUGCAAUUUUGUUGUUUUAUCACAAUAGAUUGGUUUAUUUACAUUUCAAAAACCAGAAGCCAUUCAUUUACGAAUGUGAUUGCACUUUAGUUUACAUAUUUAAAUGUUCAGAUAUUAAGAUUUGAAUGAGGAAAAAUAACAUGCCUUUUCUCUCAAAUAUAUUGUUAUUAUCAUUUGUUUCGGAUGUACUGUAAUUAUUGUCUGUAUAAAAAUUGGUGUUCAAAAAGUAUUUUUUCGAACUUGAGUCUUGAAAAGAGGGGGUCGUCUUAUAAUCAGGGCCGUCUUAUAUUCGGGCCAAUACGGUAUAUCGAACACACACAAAAUUUGGGGUGGGGGGCGCUAUUUCACGUUUUUUUCCCCCACUUAUCGUGGCAGGUUCGCGUCCCCAUUAAACACGAAAAACGAGGGAUCACUGUAUAUUGUAAAUGAAGAAAUACAAUUAUAGAUUAAUAAAAUGUUAAUAAAAACAAAAUUAAUUCAAAUUUUCAUGAGAAAAUAGAACUACACUUGUUAUGGACCCCAAUAACACUAACACAGUUUCUUUUUUUGUUUUUAAAUUUCAUUGUAUUUAACCCAUUGCCUGCCAUUGACAGCAAUAUACUGUUUUGAAUGAACAAAUGUUCAUUCACCCUCUGGAUUAGACGUCUAGUGCCGUCAGUGGCAGCCAAUGAGUUCAAAUGAGUGCCCUGUAUUUUAACAUAAAACAUAUUGUAACAGCAUUGUAGUGUUGAUAGUACAGGCAAUUUAGCCAAUAGAAUUUGUAUACUGCAUUUUAACACAUUACUCUUGUUGAUUUUAGAGUAACAUGUUGGAGGCAUUAUUGCAGUUUAUGAAAGGUCUCUGCUACUGAACUUAUUAUUUGUAAAAAGAAAAAGUUUUUAAAAUGUUUUUUAAAGGCCAGUUUUAUAAAUGAGCAUGUAUGCUUUGAGCUGGUGAAAGGCCACAUAAAGAAAAAGAGGCAAUGUUACAACAUACAUGUCUGCAAUCAGUAUUAAACUUGGUACUGUUUGUCUAAACUA